AUGUGUCACGUCAGGAUGGGUGGAGUUCACUGAUGGUUGCAUCUCAGAAUGGACAUGUGGAGGUGGUGGACAAGUUAUUACAACAUGGAGCCACAGUAGACCUGCAAAAAGAGGAUGGGUGGAGUUCACUGAUGGUUGCAUCUCAGAAUGGACAUGUGGAGGUGGUGGACAAGUUAUUACAACAUGGAGCCACAGUAGACCUGCAAAAAGAGGUACACACACUAUAUGUACAUACGCAAUGCUAGCAAACACGUGUGCAAAACGUAAUCUCAGAACAGUGAGGUGAAGGGAACAUGCAUACUUCAUACUAUGAGCUCUCUGAAAAAGUCUGUCGUCUAGGUCAGGUGCGCGAUCAGCAACACAGCAGAUUGCAUUCCGUUUCAUCAGUUACAUAUACAUGUAGCAUCCAUCAUUUUCAAAAUAGCAUAGAAACAUGUGGCUUCAUUGCUUGAGAAGCCAGCCCCAAUGUCUUUCUUUUUACCCGAAAAUGCCCAUG